AUGGGCUCUUCUUGGAUGGGCCUGAUGCUGAUGCUGCUGGUCAGUUUUCGUGGCUCCAGCGGGGUUUGUCCGCGGCAGUGCAUCUGCUCUGCUCCCGCAGAAGUGCACUGCACCUUCCGUGCGCUCCUGACCGUUCCCACGGGCAUCUCCAGACAGGUCCAGCGCAUUAACUUUGGGUUUAACACUAUAAAUCACAUCACAGACGUCUCCUUUGCUGGCCUUCGAAAACUAGAGCUGCUCAUGAUGCACGGCAACAACGUGCAGAAAAUACCUGAUGCUGCUUUUCAGGAUCUGGUUUCAUUACAGGUUUUAAAAAUGAGCUACAACAAACUGCGAGUCAUUACCGGUCACACCUUCUCUGGUUUGACGGCUCUUGUUAGACUCCAUCUGGACCACAACCGCAUCGAGUUCAUCCACCCGGAUGCAUUCAGUGGCCUGACCUCACUGCGUCUGCUCCAUCUAGAGGCCAACCAUCUGCAAAAGCUCCAUCCUGCUACAUUUAGUACGUUCUCGCUGCUGCGGCGUUUUUCUGUGUCUACGCUGAAGCAUCUGUAUCUCUCUGAAAACCUCCUCAGCUCGCUGCCCAGAAACAUACUGGAGAGCAUGCCGCAGCUGGAGAACCUCUUCUUAUACGCAAAUCCGUGGAGUUGCGACUGCCGGAUGAGCUGGUUACAGAACUGGAGCGCACGAAAUCCAGGAGUGAUGAAAUGCAAAAAAGACAGAUCGUUUUCCAGCGGUCAGCUCUGUCCACUAUGUGCAUCUCCUAAACACCUUAAAGGACAAGAUAUCUCAGAUGUCAAAGAGUUCGUCUGCUCUGGACCAGCUAUCAGCUCUCCAGGAAAGAACGUCUCACAAGAGGACAACAUGAGUGAGCUUCUGCCCAUCGACAGGAUCAAACCACCGUUUGGAAACGUCUCCCUUGGUUUAUCCGACGAGCAUGGGACUAAAGUUGACUUGAUCUGCCAAAUACUUGAACCAAGAGAAUCCACUAAAAUCAGCUGGAAUUAUACAAAAUCUCUGGAGAUCGCUGCUAAAGUAACUCUCUUCUUUGACCUGGAGUGUCCUGUGGACAGAGACAACUAUGAGAGCUUUUGGAGGCUUCUUGCGUACUAUAGUGAUGUGCCUGUGCAUCUGCGAAGGGAAAUCAUGCUAAGCAGAGAGCCGGAGCUAAGCUACAGAUACAGACAGGACAUCGAAAGGGAUGCCUAUUUUUACACUGGUGUUCGAGCUAAUGUUGUAGCCCGUCCAUCUUGGCUCAUGCAGUCCUUCAUGAACAUCAAAUUAAACAGGCCUUAUUCCUCCUCCAAGAGUGUGAGACUCAUUCUAAACACUCAUUUGACUACCACCACAGAUAAGGAGCCCAUCAAAUCUUGGGUCAUGAUUGAACAUGACAAUAAAACCCAGACGAGCUUCAGUUCUGUUGUGGGUGGUGCGAUUGAAAUGGACUGCCGUGUGCAAAGCUCUGGAAACGCAGCUGUUCACUGGAUGGCGCCAGAUGGGUCAAAGAUUAAAGCUGCGUUCGGCUCGACCGACAAAAGAGUGAGCGUUUCUAGCAGCGGCAAACUUCACAUUAAAUCUGUCGAGCACAGAGACUCUGGAGUUUAUUAUUGCAUUGCUGAGGUUGCAGGAGAUAUUGAUGUUCUGCCUUUCCGUUUUUCCGUUAUGGAGUCCUCAACCCCGCUUCCAGGUGAAGAAUUUGGAAACGCUUUAACAAAGUUUGUUGGCGAGUCUGCAUCUUUGCCCUGUCUUACUACAGCGACUCCAGACGCUGUGGUGAAUUGGAUAUUUCCAGAUGGCAGUGUACUGAAUGCCAAAGCAAAUACAUCCAGGGCUUUAGUCUUUCCCAACGGGACUUUGUUCAUUCCUUAUAGUCAGCUUAACAAUAAUGGAUAUCACAAAUGUGUCGCCAUGAACCAACACGGUGUGGAUGUACUGGCGACUAAACUAACUGUUAUGAGGCGGAAAGGAAUCCAGCCACUGCGACAGUAUCCCAUCAGGCCGCAGUCUGCCGCGGGAGUGUCCACUAAGGUAAAAGCCUAUUUGGAGGAUGUAGAGGAAGCUUCCGGAGAUGAAACUCAAGAGAGAGUUGUACCAAACAGAAGCGUUAUUAAUCGAAGGAAGGGUCCAAAUGCAAGAACGCAAGGGCGUUCUUUUGGCAACAUCCACCAUAGGCGACCCUUUAGAAAGGGCAUGCAUGGACAACCAAACAGAACUGGCUUAACAAACCAAAGAACUGUUAAUACCAAGAACAAUAUAGACCCUCAGAAGUGGGCCGUUCUUUUGGCCAAAAUCCGUGAGAAAACCUCUCCGAAGAACUCAUCAGUUAACAUUGUCCAACAUGGCACUGCAGAGAUGGUGAAUGUAGAUCAUCCGGGGUCGAUUGACAACAUUGAGAGUUCUUCUGGAGUCUCCAGUCCAAAGGAAGAGUCAAACACUUUCAGCACGCCACACCAAACGGAUGUUUACCACAGGCAUGCAAUUACACCUCAUAUCAAGGGACAAAAUAAUAACGUAUACCUAACGGCUCCUCCAGAAUUACAAACUAGCUCAGACGAGGUGCCUUACAUCUCAAAUCCCACAUCUGGACCCCAUUAUGUUAUGACAGAGGUGAAUGUUGUAGAAAGAGGCCAUGUGAGCACCAUAAGUGCCGAAAAUGACCAAGUAUAUUCCGGGUCUGUCAUCAAACCGGAGUCUGAGAAUGAAAAUGAGCUAAAUUUCUCCGGAAAGACCGGCGUCCAGUCACAGAUUGGGGGUUUUGAUUUUGGACAGCCUGACAGCAGUUCAUUUGCUACCAUAUCAAGCCCACGUGCUUCACCAAGUUCAGCGCCGUCCAGAGCAAAAGAUCAUUGGAGCUCCAGGAGAAGAUUUGGAGGUAGGCGACGAAUAAAAUUGAGAAGGCCGUUCUCAAAGCUUCCGACAAGAAGACGGUGGUCAACCUCUACAGCUGCAGGAGUUCAUGUUCCAACUUUGAAAUCAGAUCCGACAAGCCCAGCUGAAGACGCAAUGAUCCAUCCAACUUCUACAACUACUGCUCACAUUUACUCCAGAACCCCAUCUGGAGACACAUUGAUCCAUCCAACUAGUACAACCACUGCUCACAUUUUUUCCACAAAUCAAGCUGGAAGCUCGUCAAUCCAUCCAACUAUCCCAGUAACCGCUCACAUUUACUCCACAACCUUAGCUGAAAGCACGUCGCAAUAUCUGACUACUACUCCCACUUAUCCUACUGCGCUGAGGGUAUUCCCAAAUGCCAUUAAUGAGGAAAACACCAUCUCCCUCCCGGAUGAGAAAACUGGUUCAAAAAUCCACAAAGUAAAGGCAAGCAAUUUCCUCCAAAUCCAACAGAUGCCUCCAAACUCUAGAAGCCCAUCUGCAUCUCCCCCCAUGAGCACAAUAUCAGAGUUAGAGAAUGAAGACAUUACUCCUUUCGAGGAGGAAGAGGACAGAAGCAUUGCAUCUGCAGAGGAGAUGGAUGAGUACUCGGUUCCCACGAGUGUAGAUCCGACAUCUCGACUUGGCGUUGAAACCAUUUCACUGACAACUGCCCAGCAGGAUUUCUCAGGCAUGCUUUCAACAGCGUUACCAAAGGCCAACAAAGAGAUUCAUCCAACAGAGAUCAGCUUUACUUUGGACACAGACGGGCUGGAUGUCUUCCACUUACCUGAAUCACACUUCAGCAAUGUUCUAAGAGAGAAUUAUACAUUGGAAGUAAGUUCUACAGAAGAAUUUUUAGUCACCUCCAUGCCACGACCCCAAGACUACCCACUUUCAAUUACAGUUACACAACCAAAUGAAAGCUUUAAAGAAGAAGAAUCCAUUCACAACCAAGUGUCUUUUCCUUCAACACCAGAGACACUUACAGAAUCCAUAAAAUCUGUUGGGAGACAAACCGAGUCUUUAGCCACAAGUUCACCAUCGCCUACUCUUACUACUCAAACCAAUGAGAUUUACUUCUUACAACCAAACUCUGUUUCUAAGCAAGACCAGAGGGAAAGGUUAGUCCAUGGACUCGAUGAACCUUUGAUUCCUCCUACAUCUCUGAAUACUUCGCCCACAAUUACAUUACCAGCAACUACAGCCAUAAUUCCCAUUACAACCCAACUCAUUGGAACAACAACAGCACCUACUACACUGUCGACAGCUGCUACUACUACUGGGCUUUCUUCGACUACUUCAGCUACUACGAUGACGACUACUACUACUACUACUACUACACCUGCUAUAAAGUCAACACUUAGUUAUCUCUUACCAGACAAUAGAAUCCCAUUUCACUCAAGAAAUCCUGGAACGAACUACAUUGAUUCCAGGCACAGGGGAAGAUUUCCCAGCACUAACCACAGGUAUCCGUACUAUAACAGUAGAAAUCCUUCUGUGAAUAUUAGACCUAAUAUUAUCAGAAAACCUUCCGUCACCACCUCACCUGUGGAUUUUAACUCUCUCACCAACGUCAAAUCAACUACUACACCUAAGAUAUUGACAGCAACUGCUCGAUCUGCUACCUCGAGUCCCACAACUGCGUCAAGCACCACACAGCCAAACAACCAAAUUCAGAUCGAUGAACCAGUGAACAGACAGUCAGGUGCAGUUCUGUUUCCUCAAGGACCGCAAAUGAGGCCCAGGAUCACUGCUGCCAAACUCCACACAGUCACUGUGAAUGCUGGGACAGAUGUGCAGUUACCAUGUGAUUCUGUGGGGGAGCCGAAACCCCUCCUGACCUGGACCAAAGUCUCCACAGGAGCCGUCAUAUCAACAAAUACCAAAAUCCAGCGAUUUGAGGUCAAGUCCAAUGGAACGUUUGUCAUCCACAGCGUCCAGCUUCAGGACCGCGGGCAGUAUCUGUGCAGCGCUCGCAAUCCACACGGCAUUGACAAGAUGAUGGUGACCCUAGUGGUGUUGGCCCACGUGCCCAGAAUGAUGCCUCCACGUCAUAAAGAUAUAACAGUCUAUCUCGGAAACAGUGCUUUCUUGGAAUGCCAAGCACAAGGCCUCCCCAUCCCAAACAUCAGCUGGGUGCUUCCGGAUCGAUCGGUGGUGCGAGCCAUUAAUAACAGCGAACAGAAGGUCAUGCUCUUCACCAAUGGAACGCUUCAAGUCAAAAACACCAAUUACCUGGACAAGGGCGUCUACAAAUGCAUCGCGAGCAACACCGCUGGAGCCGACAUGCUUUCCGUGAGGCUACAAAUCGCAGCCUUGCCUCCCACAAUCCAAGAGCAGCUCUGGGAGAACUACACCGUCUCUGAUGGCCAAUCAGCGUUCAUGCUCUGCACCGCUAAAGCCACGCCUGAUCCGACCAUCCGCUGGGUCACGUUUACCGGCAUGCAGCUUCGCCCCUCGCAGUUCAUCAAUGGCAAUUUGUUCGUUUUCCCCAACGGGACGCUGUUUAUCCGCAACCCUGCAGAGAAGGAUUCUGGGAAUUAUGAAUGCGUGGCUGUGAAUUCGGUGGGUGUUGCUAAAAGGACUGUGAAUCUGCAGGUGAAGAAAAGCUCCACUACCACCAGAAUCAUGUCCACUUCUACACACAGUACUGAUGUCCGCUACGGAGGUCAGCUGAGUCUCAACUGUUCGGCCACUGGAAGCCCCAAUCCCAGGAUCACCUGGAGGACGCCGUCUAAAAAACUGGUUGAUGCAUAUUACAGCUUUGAUCGCAGAAUGCAAGUGUUCGGCAACGGCACGCUCACCAUCACGUCAGUGACCGAGAAGGAUGAGGGCAACUAUCUCUGUGUGGCCAGAAACAAAAGGGGUGAUGACUACGUCCUCCUUAAAGUCAAUGUGAUGAUGAAAGCGGCUAAAAUCGACCACAAGUCACUGAGCGAUCACGAGGUGUCGUUCGGAGGAGAGCUGAAAGUCGACUGCGUCGCUUCUGGUCUUCCUAAUCCAGAAAUCACGUGGAGUCUCCCAGAUGGUACCAAGGUCAACAGCAUCCCUCAAUCUGACGAUAACGGGGUUCGCGCCAAGAGAUACGUGAUGUUCGAUAACGGCACACUAUAUUUAAACGAAGUUGGAAUGAAGGAGGAAGGCGACUACACGUGCUACGCCGAGAAUCGGAUUGGGAAAGAUGAAAUGAAGGUUCAUAUCAAGGUGGUGGCGGAUGCACCGAUCAUCCAAAACAAUGUUUACAGCAUCGUCAAAGUUCCUUACGGAGAAACCGCCGUCCUUAACUGCAGCGCCAAAGGAGAGCCAACUCCCAUAAUCACAUGGACGUCUCCGGCUCAUCGCGCCAUAGUGCCAGUUUCCCACAAAUACCAGAUCGCCAACGAUGGAACUUUGCGCAUUCAAAAAAUCCAGAGGUUUGACAGCGGGAAUUAUACGUGCUCAGCUAGGAACGUUGCGGGAAUUGACAAGAAAGUCGUUCACGUUGAAGUCCUUGUGUCAACGCCGGUUAUAAACGGAUUUGAGAGUCUUGGGGUCGUUCGUAAAACUGUCGUAAAGGAUCAGCGCGUGCUUUUAGACUGCAAACCAAACGGAAACCCAAUUCCGAGGAUCAUAUGGGUGUUUCCCAACAACAUUGUGCUUCCAGCGCCGUACUACGGCUUGAGGAUUACGGUCCAUCGCAACGGCACGCUGGACAUCCACGCGGUGCGGAAAAGCGAUUCUGUCGCGCUUCUUUGCAUCGCACGUAAUGAAGGAGGAGAAGCCAAACUCCAGGUUCAACUCGAGGUGACCGAAGGAGUUGAAAAGCCACGAUUGCGAAAUCCACCUACAGAGUCCGUCCAACUCUCCGACGGGAUAAUAAAUCUAAAUUGUUCCGUAGAAGGAAAACCGUCACCGGAGAUCACUUGGAUUCUCCCGAAUGGGACGUCGCUUCUUAGGGGAACUAGUAUUUUCCGUUUCCAUCAUCGAUUUGAUGGGACUUUGGUUAUUCGAGACCCGUCGGUUUCGGAGAUCGGAUGGUAUCGAUGCGUCGGGCGCAACAGCGCCGGAUACGUCGAGCGAACCGUGACAUUAGAGUCCAACAGAAAACCGGAAAUCACUAACAAGUACAGCUCGCUCGUCAGCAUCAUAAACGGCGAGAAUCUGCAUCUCAACUGUUUGUCCGGUGGUCAACCGUUACCCAAACUUACCUGGACUCUACCGAACGGAGUCGUCCUAACCCGGCCGCAAACAACCGGACGAUAUUCGGUCCUAAACAAUGGCACUCUUGCCGUCCAAAGGACGUCUGUGUACGAUAGAGGGAUGUACCUCUGCCAAACGACUAAUGAGCAUGGAUCGUCCAGCCUGUCGGUUUCGGUGAUCGUAAUCGCGUAUCCGCCGCGGAUAACCAAAGGACCCUCGCCGGUGACUUACGCUAGUCCAGGUGUGGCCGUUCAGUUAAACUGCAUUCCUCUCGCUACGCCUAAAGCCGAGGUGGUUUGGGAAAUGCCUGACGGUCUUCAGCUGAAGGUUGGCAUCCAGCCGCGACUUUAUGGAAACAAGUAUCUCCAUCCGCAAGGUUCACUGGUCAUUCAGAACCCUUCCAGCAGAGACAAUGGCGUUUAUAAGUGCACCGCCAAAAACGUGAUCGGUAGCGACAGCAGAUCAACUUACGUCUAUGUGUUUUGAUGCAAACUAACUUUACA